AUGGCAGCCUGGCUCAGUCAAGCAGAGCCCUCCAGUGCCAGCCCCAUCGCUUCCCUCCUCAUUUUACAGUAUCAGUCACUCUUACUGCACGCCCUCAGAUGCCAUCAGGUGGACAACCUGAGAACCUGUGCUGGGGAGGAAACUGGGGGGAUAUCAUAUGAAUAUGGCUGGCUUCUCUCCCCCCACCCCAAACUGAGCAGUCCAAUCCAGUCCUGCGAGGUGUCCACGCUGUGCCAAGACCCUGAGGCUCUAGCCCUUGGCCCAGCGAUAAACGAGGACGCUGAAGUCUUGGGAGAGGGCGUGGCCAAGGCUCUCAGCCUCCAGCUACGCUGCAGGGACCACCAGAAGACCUUUCUGAUCCUCUUAAAGUACAUGUACAGUGAUGAGAUCGAUCUGGAAGCUGACACGGUGCUGGCCACUCUGUACGCUGCUAAGAAGUACAUCCUCCCAGCAUUGGCAAAAGCCUGCAUCAACUUUCUGGAGACAAGUCUGAAAGAGAACGCCUGCGUCCUGCUGUCCCAGAGCCGGCUGUUUGAGGAGCCCGAGCUGACGCAGCGCUGCUGGGAGGUCAUCGACGCACAGGCCGAGAUGGUCCUGCGGUCGGAAGGCUUUUGUGAGAUAGACCGGCAGACGUUGGAGAUCAUUAUCACUCGGGAGGCCUUCAACACCAAGGAGGAGGUGGUCUUCGAGGCCCUCCUGAACUGGGCCGAGGCAGAGUGCAAGAGGCAGGGGCUGCCAGUCACCCCAGGAAACAAGAGGCACGUUUUGGGGCGAGCCCUCUAUCUGGUCCGAAUUCCAACCACGACCCUAGAGGAAUUUGCCAAGGGCGCUGUGCAAGCAGACAUCCUGACUCUGGAGGAGACCCACGCCAUCUUCCUGUGGUACACGGCCACCAACAAGCCCCGCCUGGACUUCCCCCUGACCAAGAGGAAGGGCCUCUCCCCGCAGAGGUGCCACCGAUUCCAGUCUUCUGCUUACUGCAGCAACCAAUGGCAGUACCGCGGGCACUGCGACAGCAUCCAGUUUGCAGUGGACAGAAGGGUAUUUAUUGCGGGGCUGAGCCUGUAUGGGUCCAGCUCUGGAAAGGCUGAGUACAGCGUGAAGAUUGAGCUCAAGCGGCUCGGGAUGGUUCUGGCUCAGAACCUGACCAAGUUCAUGUCGGACGGAUCCGGUAACACCCUCCCGGUCUGGUUUGAACACCCGGUCCAGGUUGAACAAGACAUCUGCUACACCGCCAGUGCUGUCCUGGAUGGCAGCAACCUCAGCUACUUUGAGGAGGGGAUGACGGAAAUGCAGUGCGGAAAGGUGGCCUUCCAGUUCCAGUGCUCCUGGGACAGCACCAACGGGACUGGGGUCCAGGGUGGGCAGAUCCCUGAGCUCAUCUUCUGUGCCUGAGGUGCCCAGGGAGGCUGCAGCAGGUCGGCCAGUGAGUGGAGGGGAAGUCAGGACACUAACUGCUUCUUGACACCAUGAAAGGCCACACUUAACCUUGUCUGUCUUUGGCAUGUAGUCAACUGAAGCUUGAUUCUGUGAAGUAGGCACCUUUUCCACACAGCCAGAGCUGGAGGAUUGGAGUCUUAGGCAUCUCUGGUACACUGGGGUACAUGUCUCAGAUGGAGGAAGAUUUAGGGCACAACACAGGCCCCAGAUCCCCUCCCAGUGGCACCCAUGCCACCUGCUUUGAGGGGUUGGAUGUUCCUGCCACGCUCUUGGAUACUAAGUGGUUCCAAGCUUCACUUUAGACCUUCCUUACACAUUUAAAAUUGGCAAAAAGUCACUUAAAAUAAUGGACUUCUGUAAUAAAGCUUGCCAAAAAU